ACCACCACCACCACCAACACCACCAUUACCGUCACGAACACAAGCACUGUCAGCCACAGACUCGAGCAGCCCCGCCUCGCGGACAGUCCGUUUUGUGGUUCUUUCAACUGUCAUCUCACUCCUCGUGUUUACACACGCACACGCCGACCCAAUCAUUUGUCGCGGGUCACGGCCGAGGUGCGAGCGCCGACCCAGACUGUGCCUGCACAUGCAAGCAAUCUCUUCGUGAAGCUACUUACAAACUGUUAA